GGCAAGCGAGUAGCGUCGUAGAAAGAUAAAAGAAAGAUUGAAGAAGAAGUUGAAAGGGGUUCCGAAGCUUUCUCCUACUCUUCCUCUGCUCAGGGUUUUGGGGAUUUGUUCCCUUGGGAAGCUUCUCACUGAAGCUACCUGAGACUCAUGCUCCUCGCACAGCUUUUCAUCGGCUCAGCUCAAGAAUGCGGUGAUUCUAUCACAUUCCCGCACCAGAUUUUUCUCCCUUUUGUUUCUUUGGGUUGCGGCGGGCAUGGACUUUGCUCAUAACGGCCGUGAUUGUCGGCAACUUGAGGCUGCCGGACAGAGGCGGGUCUUGGUCACGCACUUGCUUAUCUGUUUCGUUGAAGAUGCAAUGUCGCUUUCGAAUUCGUGUGCGGGUGAGUGGAUCGGUGACUAGAGGAAGAGAGUCCGGGAAUUAAGGUUGUUGUUUUGGAGCGGUGUCAAGUGUGCCAGUGAACGAGCGAUUUUUUUCUUUUCCUUCCUUCCUGAGGGCAUUGUUUUUUUUUUUUUUUUUUUUUUUUUUUUUUUGGGUGCGUUGUUGUUGUUGCUGUUGCUUUGUGGGUCUGUUAUGUCUGGAGUGUUGUGAAUUUGGUGGCUGUGGUGCGUUUGUGAGAAUUUCGAUUAAGCUGUGGGAGUGGUUUAGGAGAGCAAGUGUGGUGUUAUUAGUCUUUGAGGGGGUAAAAAAAAAAAAAAAAAAAAAAAAAAAAAAAUGACAAUGACGAGGGCUGCAAUGCGGAAGCGGAUGGUGGUGGUGCAAAGAGAGAGUGAUGCGGAAGAGUCGUCCGAGGAAGAGGAGGAGGAGGAGGAGGAGGAGGAGGAGUUUGUAGAUUCAGAUUACGAAGAGUCGAAGGAUGUGGAAGAUGAAGAAGCAGAGGGUGACGAGGGUGAGAAUGCCGGAGGCGAGGAACAUGAGGAGGAAGAGAAUGAGGAAGAAGAGAAGAAACAGAAAAAGAGGAAAGCUCGCAUCACAAUCAGUCUGAAGGGCCAGAAAGUUUGCAAGGUAUGUAAGGCGAAAGACCAUCAAGCUGGUUUUGUGGGUUCUGUGUACCUGGAUUGUCCUAACAAGCCCUGUUACCUCUGCAAGAAACCGGGUCAUACAACACUUACAUGUCCGCAUAGAAUGGCAACGGAGCACGGGGUUGUUGCUGCUCCUCGCAGGCGGGCUUUAGGUCUUCUUGAUUUCGUGCAUGAGAGGCAAUUUCGCAGCCACGUACCCACAGUGCAUCUGCCGCAAGCUAUUCCGAACAAAGUGGACAGUGCAAUUAUUCGGCUGCACAGCCGGAGGGUGACGUAUUUGGAGUUUCAUCCGACGAAAGACAACAUUUUAAUUUCUGGCGACAAGAGAGGUCAAGUAGGUAUUUGGGACUUCGAGAAGGUUUUCAACAAAACGGUACAUGAGAACAUACAUUGUGCUCUUGUGAACAAUAUCAAGUUCCAUCCUUGGCAGGAUGGUAUGAUGUACACAGCUUCUUCGGAUGGGAAGGUUUGCUUUACGGAUUUAGAGUCAGGAACAUCCAAUGAAGUCCUCGACCUUAAUCCAGAUGGAUGGGCGGGUCCUUCAACAUGGCGGAUGAUUCAUGCUAUGGAUCUCAACAACCAGAGAGAGUUGGCCUUAACGGCCGACAACUUUGGAUUUCUAUACCAGGUUGAUACACGUGCCAACAAAGAGGUUGGGAAACCCACGGCCGUGCAUAAGAAGGGCACCAAAGUGGUUGGCUUGCAUUGUCAUCCCAUAGAUCCUGAUGUUUUCAUUACAUGUGGAAAUGAUCAUAUGGCAAGAAUCUGGGAUAUGAGGAUGCUAAGUCCUGACAAUUGUUUAGCAACGCUCACUCAUCCACGAGUGGUGAAUUCCGCAUAUUUCAGCCCAAUUACCGGAAACAAGAUAUUGACUACAUGUAUAGAUAACCGCAUCCGAGUCUGGGACAAUAUAUGUUCUGAUCUAUCAGAACCCAGUCGCGAGAUCGUGCACAGCCAUAAUUUCAAUAGGUACAUCACGGCCUUCAAAGCCGAGUGGGAUCCUAAGGACCGCUCGGAAUGUUUGAUAGUGAUUGGUCGCUACAUAAGUGAUGAUUUUAAUGGAGUGGCUUUGCAUCCUAUUGACUUUAUCGACGUGAGCAACGGGCGGCUGGUGGAGCAAGUCUAUGAUCCCAGUAUUACAACGAUAUGUACUGUGAAUAAAUUGCAUCCAAGACUCGAUUGCAUGGCAACAGGAAGUUCUAGGUCGCUGUUCAUUUGGAGACCAAGAGAUGCCAAUGAUGAGGUAACUGAACAUGAGAAUGCAACAACAGAGGUGAAGAAGACGGUCAAGAUCCAGGUAUAUGAAGCUGAUGGGGGCAAGGCAGGAAGAGCAAAAGGGAAGAAAAACGAUGACGAUGAUGAUGACGAUUUUGCGAUACUAAAGAAAAGAGCUGCUGCAAAAAUGGCCAACGGGGCAGGUCCUUCCUCCGCCGUGAAAGAGAAGAGGAAAAGUAUCACUGAGGAUGAGGACAGCAGCCCUUCCUGCCCUGCGAAGGAGAGGAGUAGAAGAAAAAGCAACACAAGUGUUGAAGAAGAGGACAGCAGCCCUGGAACUGCGGAGAAGAAGAAAAGGAAAGAUAAAGUGGAGGAUGAAGACACUAGUCCCUCUUGCACAGUGAAGGAGAAGAGCAAAAGGAAAAGUAAUCGUAAGGAUGAGGACAGCGACAAUGAUUCUGAGCCUGACCCGCCUAAAGAUAUAGAACCUGCUACACCAGCAACAACAAGCGGGAGACAGUUGCGGAGGAGACGAUAACUCCAAGAUUUUGACAUUUUACAACUUGUAUUUGAAACCGAGGUUUGCGCAGUACGAAUUCAAGGAUUUACGUUCAUUCACAGGAAGGGGCAACAGCUAUCUCUGAAGAGAAGUUUUGGUCUCCUUAUGCAUGUCUCUUCUUUAGAAGAUGGGGUGGCCGUGUUCUGAUCUGGUCAACUGUACCAAGUUUCACUUGGACUGGGUGAAAUAUUUCUACUGCCAGACAUUCAACCUUGUAUUUCACUAGUUCCAUAGAUUCAUCGCAUGGCAGCAGACGUCCAGCAUGCUCCUGAACCUAGCUCAUGAUGCAAUUUUUGGUGGUUUUGGCAAAUGUGAGGACAUUGAAGCACAGGAAAGUUUGAGGGGAUGAGGAAGAAUUUGUGGGACUCAUGCAAGAUGUACAAAGAGUACGAGCAAAUGAACCGAAAUGCAACAAUCGUUGCGAGGGGCACACUUGAGCUGGCAAUGAUCACCAUCUCUGAACCCAUAGAAAGUUUGGAUGUAUGGUGCUUUAUCUGGCUUUGUGCUCGAAACACCUGGUGUAGCUUGUUGCUCGCUUCAGUUGUAGAUUUUGAUCUUUUGACAACCUCGGUUAGCGUUUGUGUUCAUAAGCUCUAGGAGAAAUGGAAGCAUCCUUAUUUUGUAUUCGAA